AUGACAACUAAUAAAUUAUCGAAUGAUCAAAUAAAAAAUGAGAAUUCUUCAAUAACAGCAAUUGGAAUCAGUGAAGAAUACGAUAAUGUUAUUGAAAAAAUUGAUGUUGUAUUCGGAAGUUUGAAACAAGUUGUUGACGGGCAGGAAGAUUCUAAAGUCAAACAAACAUUUGAAGCUAUUGAAUUACAACAUGAAGUUGAAAAAGAGAAAAAAACACAAUUAUUACUAAAAAUAGGAACAUCGACAGCAAAACCAAAAAUCGGUGAAAUAUAUAAAUUAAAUAUCAGAUUGGAAAUGCAUUUGGAACAACUUGGAUACAGAAUAUCUGAAAUAGAUUCAUUAUCGUCCAGCAAUAUGUCCAAAACAUCAUCUGCAUCGUCACAAAAACCACAAGAAACUCCAUCAAGAGAAAAAAGAAGACCCUGCUUAAUCUGGAAAAUGAAAGAAAACGGCAUUGAAAUCUUACCAAUCGUCACAUUUGGGGGACGAGAUCUUACAAAAAAAAUGAUACUCGACGUACAACUUUAUCAAAUGAAUUUUUACUCAAACGUGUUUUAUCAGUAG